UGAUGGAAGUUCUCGGGCGACACUACAGGCCUAAUAACAGAGGAUCACCUGAGUGGCACACAUCACGCCGAAUCAGUAUCGACAUGCGGUCCUACUUAUUGCUCUCCUUCAUUUCAAUCUUACAGUUGGGUAUAUCACAAAGAUUUAUUCAAGAAGGAAAUUUUAGAGGGCGAAAAUCAGGUCGCUCUGGACGCUUUGGAAGUCGAUCGAUCGGUCGGCCAUGGCGAGAUGUAGACUGGAAAACCCAGUAUGAUCACCUACGUAGGCACAGAAACAGGCGCUAUCCGCCAUGGGGACCUUACAGACCAGGACCAGGAAUCUUACCCCCUGACGAUAUCACCCGACCCGUGACUCCUCCCGAGGAGGGUCCAGGAAACCCGGGGGUAGUGCAACCUAACCCACCCACAGACGCUAUUCGAGCGUCUUUACCGUCUAUCCGUACACAGCUUGGGGACAUUUAUUGUGCUGUAUGCUGUCGGGUUCCCUGGUAUUACUAUAAUAAUUGUAUAAGACGUUUCUGUGUAAGUCGUGGUCCAGACUGUCGUUCGUUUGGUUAGUACUUUCACAUUAUUGUGUCAGUUAAGGAAUUUUUUUUGUUUGUUGAAAAUUUGUUUUUGAAAUAAAUAUAAAAGUAUAUAUG